AUGGCAGCACGAUAUAAUUACCACCAUGGAUGGAACGGCUCACAUGGUCCACCACGUCCAGGAGCCUUCAGAAGCAACUCAUUACCUGAGACAGACAGGCAUGCUGAGCUGGCACGCCUCGCAGCAAAGCUGAAGGACCUAUUUGAGCGGGAAAAGUUCACGGACGUGGUGUUUGAGGCUGCUGAUGGGAUCAGGAUCCGUGCGCACCGCAACAUCAUAUCGUUAUGGUCGCCAGUGCUGGAGUCGAUGCUAGAGGACGGGGCGGAUGAGAGGGAUCAGGUGUUCAAGCUGGCGGACGUGGAUGGCCACACCAUGCGCCUGCUGCUGGCCUUCAUGUAUGGCUUCGACAUGACUCCCAAUGUCGCUGCUCUCAAGCAACACGGGCUUCCACUGCUGGAAGCGGCACACAAGUUUGAUGUUGCCGAUUUAGCUGACAAGCUGGACCGGCAGCUGUCAGCAAUCGAUGUGGAAGAGCGCUCCCUCCUGCGAGUGCUGAAGGCGGUUGACCGGGUUGGGGCAGCACGGACAAAACAGGCCAUCAUCCAUCACAUCAACCACUUCAUGGAUUCCAAGAAGAGCCAAAAACUUAUCAAGGCUAUGGGUGAAAGCAUCGACACCCAUGACCGACUGUUGGCAUCUGAGAUUUCUCCGGUGGCAGCAGCAGCAGCAGCAGCAGCUGUGGACGUGGCAGCCAUUCUGGAGGAGCACAACAAGGCCCGGCGGGAAGUGGGUGUGCCGGACCUCUCAUGGGAUGAUGGGGUGGCAGCAACGGCACAGGCAUGGGCGAACAACCUUGCCUCUAGAGGAUGCGUGAUGGAGCAUGGAGGAGCGGAUGGGCUUGGGCAGAACCUGUACUGGAAGGGCCCUGUGCAGCUGAGCAGUGAGGAGGACCGGGCGGCCGUGCAGUCGUGGGUGGCGGAGCAGGCGGACUGGUCAUACAGCCCCGUGCCGCAGGGGUGUGCUGCUGGCAAGCAGUGCUUGCACUACACGCAGGUGGUGUGGCGGGAUACCACACACGUGGGGUGCGGUGCUGCCCAGUGUGCGGAUGGGGGGUGCAUGUGGGUGUGCGACUACUCGCCGGCAGGCAAUGUGCUUGGGUCCACUCCUUUCUAG